GGCCGGGGGGAGCAGCGAGGCCGGGAGCGGGGUAGGCUGCGCCCGUACUUAAGCGGGCUGCCCGAGCCGCUGACGUCUUUCGAAUUGGAGACGGGCUGUCCCCCUCCCGUCCCGGGCUCCCGCGGACACGGCCGGGGACCGAGUGUGUACUGUGGAGUGAUUUCUUUGAAUCAAGUUGGCAAUCCAGGCAGGAGACUGUCCAUUCUGCUGUGAGACCUUCUGGGGCCAGGGACCCUCAGGGUGCCCCUGGAGCAUUCUCCAGAGAGACUUUCUGGUUUCCAUUGGAUCAUCACAGGAACGGACAAGACCCUGAGACAGACUUAAAAGAUGCUUUCUUCUGCCUGCCCUUGGAUCCAGAAAGCCAAAGGUUAUUUGCUUUUGAAUGGGAAAAUCUUGAGUCAGGUUGGAAAUCCCAACUCACCUGGACCGUGUUACCCCAGGGUUUCAAAAAUAGCCCAACAUUAUCUGGAAACCAACUGUCAAAUUACCUUGAGGACUGGAUGGCACCCACUGUGGAAGGAGUUUUGCUCCAAUAUGUAGAUGAGCUGUUGAUAGCCACCAAAACCUUAAACAGCUGUAGGGAAUGGGAUAGUAAGCCUGUUAAAUUUUCUCGAACUUAAAGGAUAUAAGAUACUCAGAAAGAGGCACAAAUAACGAAUCAAGAAGUCACCUACCUGGUCUAUGAGGUCUCAGGGGGCAGUGGAAAUUAGGACAAGAAUGCAAAGAAACAAAUUACCAAACUCCUCAGCCCAGGACAUCUAAGGAACUUUGGAUGUUUCUCAGGAUGACAGCCAAGGUACAAGUGUCUGUCCAGAAUGUCCAGGCAUGCACAACUUAGAGACCAUGAUGUAAAUCCAUGUAUAGUGGAAACAGAUGCCUCUAAUAAAUGCAUGGAUGACAACAACUAUAAUAAGGAUAAGUGUACUGCUUAUUUCUUGAAGUACAGAAACUGCAGAAAAUUCUGGCAUGCCGUUAUGAUGCAAAGGAGAAGAAAUGGAGUGAAACCAGAGAUGCCUUCAGCAGAAGAGAGAAAGAAAAUGUUGGAAUCGAUGGGGAAGCCCUACUAACUAGAAACUUGGGUUGCUUGACUUGUUUCCACCAUACAUAUGAAGAUUUACCGGCAGCAAGUUUAUCUUUCAUGAACUGGAGUUUACAGUUGCCAUAUCUUGGAUUAAAAUAAGCUUCUAAAUUUGGAAA